AUGGGCAAGGGAACGUUCACGAUCGACAAGUCCCUGGAGGCCAACAUGCAUCAGUACCAGAUCGUCGGCCGCGCCGCUCCCACCCCGAAGAACCCAACGCCGAAGAUUUACCGCAUGAGGAUUUUCGCUCGUAACGUGGUGCUGGCAAAGUCCCGCUUCUGGUACUUCAUGAAGAGGCUCAACAAGGCCAAGAAGAGUGGCGGCGAGCUGCUGUCUGUGAACGAGCUGCACGACACUUCUCCCACUAAGGUGAAGAACUACGGCAUCUGGCUGCGCUAUGACAGCCGCACCAACACCCACAACAUGUACAAGGAGUUCCGCAAUGUGAACAUCAACGGUGCCGUCGGACAGCUGUAUCAGGAGAUGGCCGGCCGACACCGGGCUGACCCUGGAUCCAUUCAGAUCAUCCAUGCCACCACCAUCCCCGAUGACAAGUGCCGCCGUGAGCAUGUGCUGGAGAUGCACGACCGUAAGCUCAAGUUCCCGGUGAUCAG